AUGCAAGAGAGUUUCAAGAAAAUUCAUGAAGAAAUGCAUGAACAGUUGAUGAAAUCCCAGAGUGAGAUGAUGGAAACAUUUGUAAGUAUGUUACAAAUGAGAAGCAUGGAUCAAAUAAAUGCCCCAGCUGUUGGUACUUUCACUGAAGAGCCUUUAUAUCCUCUAGGCUUUACACCAAAAGCAUAUCAUCUAAAAUCUAAAAUAAUUGAGCCUUUAUACCCUCCGGAUCAUACAUCCUCUCAUGUUAAGGCCCAGUCCGGAGCAUUUACUCAACCAGGAAGGGUAAACAUAAAUUUACCUAGUGUUUCUAUAAACCAACAACAAGUCAAGAAUGUUCCAAAUUUUGAUCAAGAAGAGAAUAAAGAGUCAAACAAACAAUUGGAACAACUAAUGGAAGAAGUUAGGGUAAUAAAGGAAUGCUCUAAUUUAUAUGAAAUCGAAACCAAGGAAUUGAGUUUGGUACCUGAUUUAGUAUUACCACCCAAGUUCAAAAUGCCAAACUUUGAAAAAUUUGAUGGUAUGAAAUGUCCUUCUACCCAUAUCACGAUGUUUUGCAGGAAAAUGGCGGGUUAUAUAGGGAAUGAUCAACUACUGAUCCAUUUUUUCCAAGAAAGCUUAACUGGUUUGGUCAUCCAAUGGUGUAACCAAUUAAGUAGAACUCAUAUUAAAUCCUGGAAAGAUUUGGCUAAAUCCUUUUUAGAACAAUAUAAGCAUGUGAAUGAUAUAAGGCCUAAUCGAAUGGUACUGCAGAACAUGGAAAAGAAACUCAAUGAAAGGUUUAGGUACAUAGUUAUGCAGGUACAUCCACCCAUGGAAGAAGAAGAAACAAAUGUGCUCUUUGUGAACACUUUAAAAGUUCCUUUCUUUACUCACCUCAUAGGGAAUUCUUUUAAAAGCUUUGCUGACAUAGUUACAACGGGUGAAAUGAUUGAAAUGGCGAUUAAGAGAUGUAAGCUUGAAAGUGGUGAAUCUAGUAAGAAGCCAUUUAUGAAAAAGAAAGAAAAUGAGGAAUCUGAGAAACAAGGUCCAGUUGAUAAAGGGAAAAAGGUUGAGCUACAGUUUAAAGAGGAUGAAAAUGUCAUCAAUGAACCUAUAAUUGAAAAUGAAGCUGUAGAAUUUUUUAAGUUUCUCAAGCACAGUGAAUACAAUAUUGUUGAACAGUUGCACAAAUUGCUAGUUUGUAUAUCAGAUUUAGCACUUUUAUUAAGCUCUGAAGCACAUCGUAAUGAUUUGCUAAAAGUGUUAAAUCAAACUUUUGUACCAAAGGAAUUGCCAGUAAACAAAUUGGUUAGGCUGAUUGCAAAUAUACAGGCUGAUAAUUUCCUUUCUUUUUUCGAAGAUGAAAUUCUUUCUGAGAUGAAUGGUAGCUCUAAAGCUCCGCAUAUUACAGUUAAAUGCAAAUGA